AUGCCAAGCUUACAAGAUCUCCCUAAUGAGCUCCUUAUCCAUAUCCUGUCCUCUAUCGGCGAGAAUACCCCGCCCCCUGAGCAUUUGCUUGCAACGGACGACGACCAUGACGAGGAAGUCGAUCUACAAAAUCUAUGCCUUGUUUCGCGGACCUUAUGCGAGGCAGCACAGCCAUUUCUUUAUCGCUCCUUUUACACGGACGGACUGCUAGACCGCCUGAGCUCGGUCAUAUCCUUUGCAAGGACCAUCUGUCAACGUCCAGACCUGGCAAAGCAUGUAAAGGAUUUAUCUAUCGUACCAUGUGAAGCUCAUACGACUCGGUGCCUACCGUAUGGAACGAGCCUCAAGGUCGAGGAAAAAGCCCUUUUCAAAAGUGCAAUUCAAGACCUCGACUUAGGCGACCAAGAGCAGAUCUGGAUUCAGGGCAUGGAGGAGACAGACCUCGACAUUUUUACCGCCAUUCUAGUCGCAAAGACCCCGAAUCUUUCAGAUCUGAGUCUGGCAGCAGGAAGAUCCUCCAUCCUCAAAGCGUUUGAUAAUCUCUUUGACCGAACCCCAUUGUUUUUGUCCGGUCUCAAGUCCUUCUCCAUUGAAUGUGAAGACAUGUUCACCGCAUACUCCAUCCGUCAAUAUGAAAAGCUCCUUACUCUCCCGAAACUCAAGACUGCGCAUUUUGAACUAGGCGAUCUCAAUGGUGAUUCAUUUCCAUCUAGCUGGUCCCCUGGGGCACUGGCACUGGAGAAUAUCAUAUUCAGCCAAUGUCACAUCGACGCCGGUGCUCUUCAAAAGCUUAUGCAAGCUUGCAGGGGACUGAAGUUGUUUAAUUACAUGAACUUCGAAGAUAUUCGGGAACUUGAGCGGCAUAUCUCCAGUCAUGUCAAUAUUGGCUCUUUCCGCGAAUUCUCUGCCCUCAAAAAAAUUCAAAUAUCACACGCCAUUUGUCCGCUGCAUCCGGAAUUACCUAGGUGUAUCAAGGAAUUCACCAUCGAUGACUGCGAAUUAUCUUUUCGAAAGGAGAUCCGCAACAUCGCGAAGGAUUGUCGGAAAAAGCUCUAUCCCGACUUUGUGAAGUUCAAGGUGCUUACAUCGGAUGUCUCGCAACCUAUUAUGCUUCCCGGACAGCGUAUACCAGACAAGGGGACUCCGCAAGAAAUCUUCAUCCAGCACCAACAGCUGUUCCAGCCAUCCAAUGUCGAUUUCCAGAUCUAUCCAUACAAGAUGCUGGAUCUAGACGAUCCGGAUUUAGACAGCGACAUGGAUGAGGACUUCGAUGACUAUGAAGAUUAUGACGGCGAGGAUUGGUAUGAUGAUAUUGAGCAGGGACCAGAGGGCCUAGUCCGGCAUAUGCAACGAACCGGGAUGGGACCUAUGGAUAUCAUCAGGUCGAUGAAUCGGCAUCGUGCAGAUGGCAGCGUUAUUCCACCAUGGGAGGAAGAGUAA